CCUAGCCAAAUGGGAUGUGCACUCUGAAAGCUAAGCACCGCAACAGCGAAGGAGAAAAUACCUCAAGCAGAUUAAACGAAAACUCAGUGGAAACAUGAUAUUUCGUUGACUUCGUUGCUACUCCCCUGCUUUGUUCGCUAUUGGAAUUUUCUCGGAAUAAGUUGUCGGCACGCUCGCAUGUGCAGCGCGCUGCCCUAAAGGAGAACGAUGCGGGGACGCCUCUGGUCCUGUCGUGGAUGAUGUCCCAAAAUGAACACAGAUUAUCAGAAGCCACCCCUAGCUCCAAAGCCAAAGAUUCUUGAUCGUCUGUCUAUUAAACUGCCUUCAUCCCUGAUGUCAAGACCCUGCUCCUCCACCCGGGGUCCCAAGCCACCCGUAGCUCCAAAACCCAGACUGCAGCACCAGCUGGAGGAGACAUGCUGCCAGGAUGCUGACGGUUGCUUCAACAGGUGCAGCAACGGAGACCUGGCGUGCUCUGAGGAGGAGAUUGACCAGGAAAAUGAGUCAGAGGUCCUCCAGGCAGCAGAUAACACCUACAUCAUGCUGUCCACAGAGCACCUGACAGAAGAGGUGGAGACGUGUGAAGAGGAGGAGGAGCAGGGCAUGCUGGAGCCACCAUCUGAUGGCGAGACUUUCUGCUCUGAUGAUAACGAAACGCAGCCAGGGCAGGAGAGGGAGCAGGAGGCAGAAUCGAUGGACCCUGUCGAAACCGACUCCAUGGAUGCCAUUGACAUCAGCGAUGCAGACUCUGUUACAGAUUCGGUGGAUGGUGUCGAAAUCAGCGACAUCGAGUGCACAGACGAAGUAGAACCAGAGGACUGUGAUGCUGGUGAAGCACUUGCUGAUGCCGAUGGACUGUCGGUGUGUGGCGCUGCCUCUGACAAUGAGGGCACAGACCACCUCAGUGAAACAGGGGAGGAGUCAGGCCUGACAGAGGAAGAAAACGCUGUUGAAGAACAAGCUGAAGGUGGAUUGACAGGGAAGGAGCAGCUGUACAAUGAGCCUAAUGAAUCUUACUAUGGGGAUCAUGACACAGACAGUGAGUCCGCUGAGGAGGAUGGUGCCCCUACUGGAGGAUAUCCAGAGUGCCAAGAGUCCUGUCAGGAAGCCAAGAUUCCAUCCCUGGGUGUGAACAACCAUAAACCCCCUUUGCUGUGUGACGAGUAUCCGUACGAUGUCAUUGGUCCCCCGUGUCAUACCCAUGUUCCUCAGAAGGCUGAAUAUGAAUUCCAACCAUACUCGGUCAUUGACUCGGUGCCUGCAGACGCGGUCUGCAUCGUGGAUGUUGGGGCUGUGAAAGAUGAGGAAUGCAGUCAUAGUAAAAUAACUGUUCCAGAAGAUGAAGCAGUCACUGAUACAGAACCUUACUAUGUCUCUUCAAACGAUGUAGCUGAGACCAAGGACAGUCAAGCACAACCGGGAGAGGAAAUGUCUCACAAGGCUUCUGAGUCUGAAUGUGACGGCUUGAGUCCUCCCAGAGGAAAGGCUAGGAUUUCAAGGGAUAGUGAGGUUGAUGACUAUGCAGACAUCAAUGACUCCCUCUGCGAGGACUCUGAUGAUUUACAGCAUCUGGAAGGUGUGUCGUCCGAGGAUUACGUUGAAAUAGGCGAUGAUGAUGAGACGGAUACAGAACAGAGGACAGCUGCAAAAAAUUGUGAAUCCACAAGCAAACGUGGCCACACCCUUCUCAACCAGCUCAACAGCCAGCCUAGGUUUAGGCUGUGCUCCAUCACAGUGCCAGCAAACCUGGACUUGUGCAGAGCCUCUGAACUCACCAACAGGCUGGUGUUUGCUGACACCACAGAUGCAUUUGAAGACGACAUUGAUUUCGAGGGCCACAUUGUGCCUUACUUCGAGGAUGGUGAAGGAGAAAGGGACAACAUUAGCGAUGAGCAUGUCUACGAGGAGGCUGGGCUUGACUCUGAAGGGGAAAACUUCCUACCGCUGGACAGGAAGUGCAUGGUGACAAGGUCACGGUCUCUCUCAGGGAAAAUGCCCGGUUAUGUCCCUGAGACGGUGCCAGAGGAGACAGGUGCGGAGUACCAAACGCACGACUAUUGCACAGUGGCCUUAGAAAGGAGUGGAGACCCACUCAGUGACGAUGAAAAGCUGCUUCCCUCCUCCAAGCCGAGGAACUUCAUCUUGUACCCACGGUCCUACUCGGUGGAGGGACGAGACGUACCGAUGUCAGUUCACGGAGAGAACAAUCGCUCUCCUGUGGUGGAGGCAAGAAUGAAGAGGAAGGAUGACAACCUCUCUCUGCCAUGCUUCAUCAGCUCCUCAGGCAGCUUUUCCCAGAGAGGUCGCCAGCCCUCCAGUGGUUUGUCCACCCCAACGUCAGUGGUAGACAUCCCACCCCCUUUCGAACUGGCCUACAUCACCAAGAAGCCCAUCACUAAGAGCUCCCCAUCUCUUCUGGUUGAGAGUGACUCUUCAGAGAAACAGAAGAAGAAAAAGUCCUCCUUCAAGCGCUUCCUGGCCCUCAAGUUUAAGAGAAAGACGGAGAGCAAGGUCCACGUGGAUGUCAACAUCCCUUCUUCCCGGUCGUCCUCUGAGUCCAGCCACCACGGGCCCCUGCGGAUCCUGGACCUGGACAGGAGGAGCAUGAGUAGUUCCCCACAGCUCCAGCGGGGGAAGCCACAGCGUUUGUCUGACAUACCAAACACCUUUCUAUUGUACAAGGAUGGGCAGACGAGGAGAGGUGUCCCCAAGGCCUUUGGCAACCGCAGCGUGUCUCGUGUAGAGUCCUUCGAGGACAGGUCCCGUCCACCCUUUACCCCCCUCCCCCUGACAAAGCCCAGGUCGAUCUCUUUCCCCAACGCAGACACGUCUGACUACGAGAAUAUUCCCGCCAUGAGCUCUGACUACGAGAACAUCCAACUCCCCCCAAGGAGGCCAGCUCGGUCCGGGACCUUUGCAGAGUUCUUCGAUGACCCCAACCGAGCGCUCUCCUCUGCCAAUGAGACCGAUGGCUAUGUGGACAUGAGCAGCUUCACGGGGUUCGAAAGCAAACCACAAACACCUGACCAGGAGUCCGAAAGUGCCUAUACAGAGCCCUACCGUGCAUGCCCCAUGGCGCCAGGGCCAGCAGGCGAACCAGCCGGUGAGGAGGACCAGGGCCGCACCUCAGAGGAGGAAGAUGGGUGUGUGGAUUACAGCUACGACAGACAGACAGAUGGUCGGUCCAGAGCAUUCUACAUUGCCAAAGAGCUGGUGGAUUCAGAGAAACUGCAUGUAAAGGGACUCAAAGUAUUACACGAGGACUUCAGGGCAGCAGUGGGGGCGGCUGGAGGCGAGCAGGGUGAGCCGGCGCUGGGGGAGGACCAGCUGAAUGAGAUUCUGAAACAGCUGCCUGAAGUGUACCAAUUCCACUGCAACGUCCUCAAUGACUUGGAGACACGCCUCAAACAGUGGGAGGAGAGCCAGAAGAUUGCCGAUGUCAUCUUGUCGAGACGGGCGGAGUUCGCUAUCUUCACCUCCUACAUCUCCGAGUAUGAUCGAAGCAUGGCUCUGCUGGAAGAGAGCUGUCGAAAUUCACCUGCCUUCUCUGCUGUUGUCAGGCAGUUUGAGCAGCAGAACUCGGCGGGGGCAAACAUCUCUGUGAAACACCAGCUGCUGCAGGUCAUUGUGCGUGUGCUACAGUAUCGCAUGCUGCUCACUGAUUACCUGAACAAUCUAUCACCAGACUCGGCAGAAUAUGAAGACACACAAGCCGCCUUGGUGAUCGUCUCAGAUGUGGCAGACCAGGCUAACGACAACCUGAAACAAGGGGAGAACUUGCUGCGUCUGAUCCACAUUGAGUACAGCAUCAGAGGCCACAGAGACGUGCUGCAGCCAGGAAGGGUGUUUGUGAAGGAGGGAACAUUGAUGAAAGUUUCCAGGAAGAGCAGACAGCCACGUCAUUUAUUUCUGAUGAAUGAUGUGAUGCUGUACACCUAUCCGCAGCAGGACGGGAAGUACAGGCUGAAGAACACCCUCUGUCUGACAGGGAUGAAGGUCAGUAAACCCAACAUUGAGGAUGUGCAGAAUGUGCUGAAGAUCGAGGUGAACGACAUCUCCAUCACACUCUCAGCCAGCUCUUAUGGGGAGAGGGAGGACUGGUUCCAUACUCUGACUCGAACUGUAGCAGAUCACGCACGAGGACAAAGCACCUUUGGCAGCUACAGCAAUGAGGCCCGUGAGAAGCUGUGGAUGAGUCUCGGGGAGAAGCCGCCCACGCUGGUGCCCGUGUCCCACGUGAUGAUGUGCAUGAACUGCGCCUCGGACUUCUCCCUCACCCUACGCCGUCACCACUGCCACGCCUGUGGAAAGAUCGUCUGCCGUUCCUGCUCCAGGAACAAGUACCCUCUGAAGUACCUGAAAGAUAGAGUGGCCAAGGUCUGCGACCGUUGCUACACUGAGCUGAAGAAACGAGGGGGGAAUAUGGCAGGGGCGGGUGGUAACGACAGUCCUCGCCCCAAUCGGUCCAGUCGACCGCUCUCGGCCGUUUUCCAGAACAUCCACCCACCCAGCCUGUGGAGGCACAGGAAGAGCGGCUCCGCCCUGAACCAGGUGGCGGGAUCGGCCGAGGGCGCGACCAUGAGCGGGAGUCUGCUGCGCUGCAAGAGGAGCAAGAGGAACUGGAAGAAGCUGUGGUUCCUCAUCAAAGACAAGGUGCUCUACACCUUCUCAGGACGCGAGGAUAAGGUAGCAUCAGAGAGCUUACCCCUGCUUGGUUUCACUGUAAAGCUGCCAGAAAAACUGGAGGGAGAGGAUGCCACCAAUGUCUUCCAGCUCUACCACAAGAAGACUCUGUACUAUACCUUCAGAGCAGAGGAUAGAAGCAGUGCACUGAGAUGGGUCAACGCCAUAGAGGAGGCCACAGUUUUAUAGCAUUCGCCAUGUUUGACAAAUUUUGGAGGGUGCCACAGACUCUCCUCCUUUAUCUCUGAGUCCUGGUCCUUCAUCAAGCAGAGAUGUCCAUUGGAACUCUUGACUGAUUAAAAACAGAAAGAGACUUGGAUGGACUCUAUGUCUUGGAGUUGAAUGACUAACUAUGUGAAGUGCCAGGUGUCAUAAAACAGAACGAUGCAUCAGAGAAAAUGGGACUUCAUUAGGAAGUACAGACACACAUAUACUCAGUUUUGAGCAUUGUUUCUUUAACCUGGAUCUCAUUUCCAAAGUGGGAUAGGGAUAGAUAUAGUAAGAGUCCCAGUCAGUCAUUUGUUUCUGUAUUGUGUUGUAUAUGAUGUUACCUGUUACACCGUCAAAAGGGCUUAAUCACAAACUGUUUUCUGCCUGAAAAUCUAGCAAUCUUGUAUUGUUUGUUUUUAAUACCCUCCCCCCAUAAAACACACACAAGUCCACACUCACAUACACAC